AUGUAUAGUAAUCGCUACUCGGCACUCAACCGUCGCGCCGCACCCUCCUCUUCCCUAUUUCAAGACUACCCUGGUUCGCGACCUUCCAGUUCGUCGUCCACCAACCGGCCCGGAGGCUAUGGAGGUUAUGCAUCCCAACCAGACGGCCGGAAUACAUCGUCACCCUAUUCCAAUUCCUAUACAGGCGCAAAUGGAUCCAGUAACCCUUCGUCUUUCCGGCCUGCUACACCCAAUUCUAAAGGGCAAUAUUCGACGUCAGUUCUGGAAGAAUUAGAAUCCCAAAACGAAAUCACCGCGACGACAUUACUCUCACAGAAAGUGUCACAACUGAAGACACUAACCGUCGCCAUUGGUGAUGAGAUCCGCGACUCUAGCACUUUAGCCGCACAGAUUAAUGACUCCUUUGAAAACACAGGAGUUCGUCUGCGGGGAACCAUGAGGAGGAUGCUAAGAAUGGCCGAAAAGACUGGUGUUGGCUGGAAGGUCUGGGUACUUUUCUUCUUUGCUGUCUGGGCUAUCUUCGCCUAUGUCUGGCUGUUCUGA